GAAUCAGGAGGAUAGAGUUGUGAUUGGAUUUACCAAAUGGAGGGCGAGGGAGAGCUUCUCAGCUGUCGUCGAAAUGGAUUCCCCAUCAGUUCAGCCUGAAAAUCCCUCUGAUAAUCUUUAGUCACCGCAAGCAGCAUCAUUCUUGAUAGAUGCAAGCCACUGGCAGAAUUGUGGUAAAUCUCUGGUAGAUAGAAUGUUGAAAGAUAACAUGUUUUCAUGCUUGUUUGUAAUUAGCACAGCCAGGCACAGAACACCACACAGGUAUGAUGACAGUGAAAAACAAAUAUUGUCCAAAGAAAUCUUGCAUACAGAAGUUCUGAGAUUGCUGUGUGUUCGUUUGAAGUACACAUUGGUAUCGCUCAAGUUUCUGGGCACGCCCCAUCUACCUUAGCGGGCGUUAUCUGCAUUUGAAUGCCGGACUUUGUGGUUGACUAUGAGCAGAUGAAUACAUGUAACAGUAUAUCUUUAGACCAUACCCGGGCGCGGACCACGGAGCCUCUGCACACAUCAACAACAGUCACACACGAAGCAUCGUUACCCAUCGCUCCACAAAAGCAGCGGCCCUUGCAGAGCAAGGGGAACCACUACUUCAAGGUCUCAGAGCAAGUGACGUCACCGAUUGAAACGCUAUUUAGCGUGCACCACCAUUAACUAGCUAGCCGUUUCACAUCUGUUACAUACACGGGAAGUUGAAAUUUCCCGAUUCUACCACUGAAAUGAAAAUGUGCUAGUAUUAGCUUGUGGUUUGGAUAAUUGUGUUUAUGAUAAAAACGUAAUAAUGUUAAUAUAGUAAUGGCUGUAUGCCGUGGCAGAGCCAAGGUGAAAUUCCCUUUUUAUGUUAUUGUUUCCAUCAAUAGUUGUGGCGAGCCGAAUCAACAACCUCUGGUUGAAGGUAUUGAAGUUUAUAGUUAGCCAUUGUUAUGUAAAUGGUGCUGAAAAGUACACAGAGCCUUUCCUUGGAUCCAAGAUAGAGCUGGUCCGACAGAGCCAUGGCCCAGUGAGAUACGGGUGCUGGCCCAGGUAGAUAGAAACAGAUAAGUCUGAGACUUUUGGGUAAAACACUGGAGUACAUCCUCAUUGGAAAUGAGGCUCAGGUGUCUCAAAGUCUACAAUAUCUCAUGCAACACCAUUAUUUACAUACACAAAUAACUGGUCAUGGAACUGUAUUCAAAACAAAUUCAAAACAAUAACCACUUCAAUAGUUAAAUAAAGGUUCAAAUCAAAAAAUAUAUAAAUAAAAUAAUAGAGAAACGGCAAUAUGCAAGAUUUAAUCUCCACAGUAACAUGAACUCACAAGACCAAAAGCACAAUAACAUUCUAGUCCUGGUAGUAAAAUACAUGUAUGUUCACUUUUUCAAAAUGGUCUUGGUCUGAAACAGGAAUGACAAAUGUAGACCUUAUAUCAUGUAUUUUUGUAACAACAGCAUCCUUUCUUAUUUUCAGGGAACAGUGGGUUAACAGUGGGUUAACUGCCUUGGGCAGAACAACAGAUUCGAUCUUGCAACCUUUCGGUUACUAGUCCAACGCUCUAACCACUAGGCUACCUGCCGCCCCCUUGUGAAUACCCAUAAUUAAUAUCAAACAAAACAUCUACAAUUCCGGGCCAAUAUAUGACUGUAGACCUCGGUAAGAGUGAAAGGGACCAAUUAGACGUCAACGUUACUUAUUGAAAUGAGAUUUUAUCUGAUUCAAUAGUAAUUUCCAUUAAUAUGGCCAAAUACGUUUAGAUUUAAAUACGACUAGAGCCAUUUGAGAAUAGACCACUUAUAAAUGUUGUGUACAGUAUUGUGCAUUGCAUUGUGUCAAAUAAAAUAAUUCACUGUUGUAUGGUCAGACUUAAAAGACAAAAAAGGAGGCUACUUUACGUUGUAUGAUAAUUAGGGGGUGGAGAGAGACGCAGGCAGUAAAAUAUGUAUUCAACAAUGGAAUGCAAAAGCUUGAGCAAAGUGUAAAUUCGAGACAUUUCACAGAAGAAUGUUAGUCUUGUGUAGGCUAAUGACUUAAUCGAAUUAUUUUCCGAUGUUGUAGAGCAAGAAGUGUUACCCGAUUGUCUGGUGUUUUGCAACUGUUCGAGUUGGAAUUAACAUUUUACCUCGUGCGUCAGGUAGGCUUACGGACUACGAAUACCUGGAGAGUGAGCGAAAUAAAUGUUUGAAAAGUAAACCGAAAAGUUGGGACCUUUUCUUGUUACUGAAUAUUUGGAAUGUAGUUAUACUGUAGAAAAUGUGUACACAAUUUGUGUGCUACUGUAAAUAAAUCGAGCAGCUUUGGUUUGAUUGGCAAGACCUACGAAGAGACACGAAUACCUGACGCACAGUCCACCGCCGUAAGCUUGUCUACAAAUGUUUCUCCAAAUAGGCUACUCCAAUGGCAACACUUUACUCUCAUGUUUUUAAUAAUAAUGAGAUUACGAAAAUGCAUUAUUUCAUACCAUUUUGAAGCUUGUUGUUCAACUUGGAUAGAUUUUGGAACUCCCUAAGAUUGAUAUUGGGAGUGCCACUGAAUCAAGGGAUGGAGUUACCUGUCCGGGGCCGGGGCCAGAGCCAGUGGGGCACAGCGUGGUUGGUGCUAUGGGCAUUUGCAGUGUGUGUGAGGGGUGGGUUUGUGGAGCCUCCUCCAUCCUUCUCCUUGCGUUCCUUGACGGAGGUUGAGACGCGGCUGCCCUGUCAGUUUCAAGUUCAGGAGGAGGAGCAGGUUGUUCAGGUCAGCUGGUUCAAGGAGCUACCUGAUGGCACCAAGGAACAAAUCAUCACUGCCCACCUCACAGAGGGACACACAGAGUUUGGGCGAUACUCUGGGAGAGUGAGGUUUGAGAGCAGUAGCCCCACAGUGGACUCUGCCCUGCUCAUCAUGAACACGGAGGAGUCUUAUGAGGGGAAAUACACCUGUCACAUCAGCACAUUCCCCUAUGGGAACUUUGAGAGGCAGCUGUCACUCACUGUGUGGACCCUACCAAUCUCCUCUCUGGACCCAGUGGUUCUGGAGGAGGGCCAGUCCUUCCGCAUAGCUGCCUCCUGCCGCUCCGUGGCCCGUCCUCCACCUCGACUGACCUGGGAUACGGAUCUCCCUGGUCAGAACCAGACCCGCAGCUCCGAGGGCGGGGCCGUGUCCACCCACUUCUCCCUGCACCCCCUGAGGAGUAUGAACGGCAUGCGGCUGGACUGCCUCGUCUGGCACCCUGCUCUGGAGCAACCCCGGAGGAUCAGUAACCGCCUGGUGGUGCAAUUUCCCCCAGAUGCAGCUGUCACUGGCUAUAAUGGAAACUGGUACAUGGGACUGAAGGGAGCUGAACUCAAGUGUGAGACUGGAGGAAACCCCAAACCACAGAGCUUCACCUGGACCAGGGGUGGUAAGGCCCUGCCAGACGGUCUCACUGUGAAUGGAGCAAGGCUUCUGUUUGGCCGAGCCCUGAGACAGAAUGACACUGGAGUUUAUGAAUGUGUGGUGAACAACGGCAUUGGGACAAGGAAAGUAGAAUCGAACAUCACAGUAACAGAGAAAAUUCGCAGUGUGCAGGAAACCACUGUUGACACUCUAGUGAUGAUCAUUAUAGUUGUGGCUGCUGGGGUUUUGGUCAUCGUCAUGAUCAUCAUCAUCAUCUUAGUCAACCGAUACCACAGGCGCAAAAACAGAAAAUUAGAGAUGGAGCUUAGCGAAAGAACGUUAAAAAUCAACACACUCUCCAGACAGAACUCCUCCCGGAGACUCAACUCUGUCAGCACAGACCCCAGAGGACAGAAUGAAGACUGUACACUACUCAGACUAGACAGUAGAAUGAAAAACAGCCUAAUGUCCCUAGAGGACCGUCCCAUAUACAUAGGCAGUGAAUCAUCCCUGGGUGGGAGGCAGGGGACUGUUGGAGAGGGGGAUGUGGACUACCUAGGACGCCCUGUCCUGUACCAGUCUAGCUGGCAUGAUGGCAGAGAGAGUAUGAGGGGCGCGGAGAUGGAGGGAGAGAGGGAAGAGCGCAGACGAAGGGUGGAGUCGUACCUGAAGAGAAGCAAUAUGUCCCUGGACUCUGGCCUUCCUUCCUCCCUUGUCCCCAUCAAGCCCCAGGACCAGGAUGGCAGUGUGGGGCCCACAGACAUCCCCCCAAUGCUCAGUGACCUGUGUGGCCAGAGGGAGGGGGUGACCAAAGGGGAAGACUGGGGCCACAGACGGGCUGUGCUGGAGGUUGAUGAGGCAGACUGUGACACCAGUUCUUACCAGAUCUCAGAGGCGCUCUCCAACCACUUCCACUACAGCAACGGGUUCCUGCGGCCCAAACCACACUCCAACGCCAUCCUCCUACACCCCAGAGGACAGAUCAUCUAGACAUGAGGCUUGGCUGAAAAGGGAACUGCACUCAGCUCCACCCUAACCUAGUGGUCAUUAUACAGAAGUGAGGGUUUGGCAACAUGCUCACGUUCAUUGCCAUGUCUUUUUUUUAAUCAGCAUUGUCUUCUUGUAUGUCCUAUGUAAACAGAAUUUACUAGCCUAAGUAGAGAUUGGACAAGAUUGCACCAACACUUUGUAUCAACUAUAAACCCAGUCUUGUGUAAGCACUCUGUGAUAGUGCUAUCAUUUUAGCUAACCUUAUAGUUCAGAUAUCCAAAUAUAUCCUGACCUUGUGAGUUAGUUAUUUUCAUGUUCAUUUCAACAACAAAUCAAAAGGGCUCAAAGUUGGAUAAUUUAGAUUUUUAUUCAGACAAAUGUAUGCAUUGACAAAAGCAUGUCCAUUGUAGUGUUAGUCUGGCAUAUCUCUACAAAAACCUAAAGAUGAUGGAGAUCCUCUUAAGCGUUCCUUAAAAGGUUACAAGCAGGAAGCUGUAAAACCGGCAACUCUGAUCCCUCACUACAGUAUAUAAGCACCACUAGUGCAACAGUUGUGGUAGGGUCUCACUGCUCUCACUUUAUAGAAUGGGAAGACAAAAGUAACACACUGCUGCUUUCUGCAAGUGUCUUGAUGGUCUUAUCAACUCUGUUCUCAGUCAUUUGAAAAUGUUGUUCCACAAUGUUCUUAGUUGUCUAGUCAUGGUGAUAACGAUCAGUAGACAGUUUGCUUUGUUGUGAGGCCCUGUGUACUCGCUGGUGUCUGCGGAGAUUACUCUGCUGAGCGAAACACCUCCCGCACGUGACACAGCUGUACGGUUUUUCUCCCGUAUGAAUCCGCUGAUGCAUCUCCAGGUGACCAAACCGGUCAAAGCUCUUUCCACAAAAGGAGCAAACAAACCACUUCUCUCUUGCUGGGGUUCUCCUUGGGGAUACCUUUGCUGAGUUGAAACCAUUUGAACAAUUUGGGGCAAGUGAGAAUACGUUGUUUAGCCAAACAUUUGAAUAUCCUGCACCCUCAUUGGCUAGUGUUUGUUUGUCUGAUGGCACUCUGGUAGCUGUCCCAUCCUGGGUUCUCUCUGGGUGCAUGGUUUCUCUGUGCUGUCCUGGCUGUGCCUGAUCCAAAUCUGUAGGGGUCCUUCUGUCAUUCCAAACAGACUGUGCUCGCAUCUCUUCUUUCAUAACUCUGUUAAUGUCACCCAUCUCAGAUGAUGGAAUGCUUUCGAGACCCUCCACUGCACUUUGAAUGAGCUGUAUGUCUGUAUCUUGAUCCAGUGGAUAUUGUACUGUGCACUUAUGGUAACCUGGACCCUCUGAGUCACAGUUGCGCUCUGUUAAAGACUCCCAGAGCUGACUCUCUCUCUCAUCCACAGCAAACGCAGUUUCCUCAUGAUCUGAUCUCUCUGUGCCAUGUUCACUUACUGAUGUAUGUAGUGAAAUGACAUCAUACUCUUCCUGCUCUCUCUUCACUAACUCUAGUCCACUAUCCUUCUCUCUGUGGCCUGACCUGUUCUGUUCAAGUCCUUCUACUUCUUCUGCAGGUGGCUGUGGUCUAUUUUGAUGCAGUUGGUCGUCUUUCUCUCUGGCGUUCUGCUCAAAUGAAGUCCUUUCACCAGGAUCCUCAUCACAGCCUUUGGACCCUGAAAGGGAAGGUUUAAAGGAACUGUCAGUAUAAUGUUUUUUUUAAAAAUAAAAAUGAUAUUUUACUUUA